UAUUGAACCUUUUUUAUUUUUUUAAAUGGAAACGGUGAAGGUUUUAGGGAAUUAAUCGGAUGUAACAUUGCAUUCAAAAUUUCUGAAGAAAGGUACCUGCAGCUUUUGGACUGAAAUAAUAUUAGGCUAUUAUUAUUGUUAUUAUUUUAAGAUAAUUUUAAAUUACCAUUUAUUUCCUGUUUUAGAAAUAUUUGAGAUGCAUAUAUUUGGAACAGUUUUAAGGUAACUAAAGAGAAUGUUGAUUUUAUUUUGAGAAGACAGCAAAUGUUUCCAGACUAAAGCCACACAGUAUGGUGGCUAGAGACACUGCUGUCUAAUGGAAGAGGUAUUACCAAGAGGUUCUGGCUAUUUGGUUGUUAAAGAUCCUACCGUUUAUUUGGGGUGUUAAACUCCAUGUCAUGGGUUAAUUCUGCUCUGGGCCUUUACAGUCUAGUCUCCCUAAACUUUCAUCCUUAAAUCAGUCGGUGAAGCAGUUAAUCACUUCUAUUCCUGGCAUGGUUCACCUACAGGGGAGCUCACUUCACUGGUGGAUGAUGCAGUGGUCCCAUUGUAAAAGUAAAGUGGUUUGGUAGCCUUUGGCAUGAAAAGUACUACAUAAAAGGAGGGCAUUUAGAAAGAUUUGGAAGACAUGUUGCAAAAAAUCAAAAGCUUUCAUCUUUCUCAGAAGCUUAGUGUGCAAAAAAAAACAGCUUCCUCCUGUAUACCUGCCUUUGUGUAAAUUUCUUAAAUAAGUUACUCAGGCGGUGAUCACACAUUGGGCUGCCAGCUCUAUUGAGUUUCCUCUACUGAUAAGAUAACUGUUUUGAAUCAGUUUAUGCUCCUGUCUGCAGACAGCGGGAGCACAGCCUGUCCUUUCUGGGUAUCUUGGUUUGCCAAUAUCACCCAAGUUGUUUGGCUGGAUUGUGAUCAGUGGGCGUGAGUUUCAUCUGGAUCUCUCUCAUCUUUCACCCUGUUCAUGUACUCUGCCACUGUGCAUAGUCUUUUUAGGGCCUGGCAGCAUUUCAAUUUAUGUCACAGUGGGAGAGUUAGUAUUGUUUGGUUUGUGCUGCAAUUUGGUUGACUCUGGGCCCUGGUUUGUGGUGUUACCGUAAAAAAGGCAGUAAAUCUGAGAACAGCACAGCUAAGGGUGGUAUAAACAUACUCUUGUUCAGUGAUAAUUGAUGGAUUUUUAAAAAUAUGUUUUAUGUUUAGUGUAAGAAGCAAAAAAAAAAUAAGAGCAAAGCAUUAUAUAAGCCAAACCACUAAAGAAGUUUAAGUUAAAGAUACUGAAAACUUGAUAACAAAAUGGUGUAAACUCUGAUGUCUUGGCUAAAUUCUACUCUAGACUAGCACAGUCUGUUCAAACUUAUUAUAUGUAAACCACGAUACAGCUACAAGAAAUGUCAAAUAUAAAUCAUGCUUUUGUUGCUUUGAAUUAUUUUAUUCCACUCUGUUCUAAAUGUAUUUUUUCUAAAGGUCUUUGUGUUGCUUUUUGCAAGAAAGACUAUAUAAGUGCUUAUUAUUAUGAUGAAUAUGAGGUUGUAGCAUUUUAAUAUUUAAAUAUUUUUAAAUUUGGAAUUAAAUGAUAUGAUGACAGCUGAAGUGUGCCAGUACACCAAAUAUCAGCUCUCAGUGGGGUGGAGAACAAAGUAAUGAAAACAAUUCAUAGAUGGGGGUUAUUAAGAGGCCAUGAGUGGUAAAGGCCAGGGGGAAAUUUCGCCAGGAUACCAGGGUAACACCUCUAAUUUUACAUCUCAUGCAAAGGACACUACCUUUUGAUCUCCCAUCAUUAUACUGGGGCAUUAGGACCCACACAGACCACUGAGUGAGAACUACUGAGUCCUAUUACUGGUCCCACUUAGUUAAGCAGCAACCUUAGUUUUCCCAGGAGGUCUCCUAUCCAGGAACAGGCCUGGCUCACAACUGAAGAGCUUCAGUGGGUUGCCAGUUGUAGGUUGAUAUACCUGCUGACUAGUAGUUGCAGUAAAAACACACAACAGGGGAUGGUAGCGAGUUUAGGGUUUCAGUCAACAAAAACAUAUCAGAUAACUCUUUGUCUAGGGCUCAGAUCAUAGUAAAAGAAAUGUGUAUUUGAUAUGCCAGGAACCCCCUAGUGUUGGUUCAGUUUCAUGGAGCGGAAAGUCCAGAAAAGCGCUAAGAAGUAUAAGUAUUAAUAUUGUAUCUAUUAACGUGUAUUACUCGUUUAUAGAAAAAAAUCACCAUGAUAGAAAAUAUAGAAACAACAAAAAAUUUUUAUUGUUUUCCCAUUUUUCGAAAUUGUGGCUAUGCAUAAGCAAGUCAGUCGCAGCAAUAUGACGGUUUUUAGGAGGCGGUGUCUCUGGAUCAGAAAUACUUUUACGGAUGACACUUUAAUAAUAACAGGAUAUGACGUUUCUCUUUAAGGUCUAUUGGCCAAUCAACAUCUAAGCACAUUUUUUGAAUUGAUGGAACCGCUUGUGUGCUCUCUUGAAUGAGUUGUAUAAUUAAACAUUUUAAUAAUAAUAACAAUGCGUUUUCAAUAUUUGUAACCUGUUAGCACGAGAAGUAGGGGUGAAAUUCAGAAAACUGGGAUGAAGAAGUUUACAAGACAAGGCCCAGUGGUUUUAAAAACAUACGGCAAGUAUAGCAGAACAUACGUGCGGAACGUGGAAGUAUGGUUAUCUCCCGACAUCAGGCAAGCUGCGUUUUCAAGCACGUCCUGCUCGGACCUUUCCAUUAAUACAGAUGACAACAGCAACCUGAAAACUGAGAGAAGAAAGAGACAGAAACCAAGUACCUUCGGCUCAAAGCCUACAAGAAAAGCCAAGCAAGCGGCUUUGUUAGCUUUAAAGGAAGAUGAUGACGACAAGGAGAGUGUAUCCUUCAGCAGUGCAGUAGGAAACAAAGCAAAUGUCAAAAAUAGGAGAGGAAGAUGCAGAAAUCGAGACGGUGUGUUAAACGCAAAACAGAAUAUUCCAGACGAGGAAGAAGAAAGUAUUUUCAGUGAUGGUUUGAAAAGUGAAAAAGUAGCCACAGCUGAAUUCAACAAUGGCGUGAGGAAGUCGAGCACUGCCUCAAGAGCCGUGCAUCGCAUUUCAAAGAGGAGAGCCGCAUUAACUAUUAGUUUGUCCAGCUCAAGUGACUCAAGCAGCGACACAAGGCAAGGCUGUCUCGCUUUCAAGUCUGGGAAGGAGAAUAAGAUGGAAGAAAGUGUGAAGUCUGACAUCUUCCAAAGCAGGUUUGUCACCAGUCGUAGGAAAAGACUAUCCAAAAAGCCAGAUAACAGAAAGGAGGGACAAAAGAAGAAAAAACAAAAUGCAUUCAUACCACCUAACAAUUCAAAUUCAUCUGAGGAUUUUGUGAAACCAUCUCCUUUUGGUAGUUAUUCAAAGAAAAAACGAAGACGACGUAAUGAAGAAACAGAGAAUACAAGUUCAGAGAUGGCUAGCAACGCUUCUCAAUACCGCAAAAGGACGAGAAAUGCUUUAAAGGAGGUCUCUUUCAACAGCAUAUCAGACAGCGUGCUGAAAAGAUGCUAUAAAAAGCCUCUCCUGUCUAGCACCCCAUCUGUCCUCCCUAAACCCAGCAGCAGACCUUGUGAGCACACAGUCAGUGAAAUAUCCUUUAGCAAUGAGGAAAUGGAUGGUGUUCUGAAGUCCGGUGCUGAGGUAGCCGGGAGUGUCCCAUCUCCCAGACAACGGGAAUUUGUUGGGAUGGAGGAUAAGAGUCUUGAAUUAAAAACUCAAAGCACCAACACAUCAGAAGGUAGUAUCGUGUGUCAUGGGCAAACUGAUCAAAAAUGUGCCAAAAGCAAUAAAUGGACAACUCUUGCACAUAGCAUGGAACUUUUUUCUGAGGUCUAUGGCCAUUCAGAUAAUGACAGUGACAAAAUGAAGAAAAGCUGCUCUUCUAUUGGGUGUCUUUCACAACAAAAAAGUGAAAAUUCCAAUUUUGUGUCAGCAAAGACCCAUUUAGGUGAUGUUACAACUGUGAAAGAAAGUGUACGAAACCUAAAUCCUAUAGUUCUUUUGGACCGUAUUGAGGUAUGGCAAAGCCAAAAGAAGCAAACAGGAGUACUUUAUUCUUCUACUGAAGACCUUGUUCAUGUUAUUGAUGGAAAGUUAUCUGAUGGGUGUUUAAGUGACAACUUCAAGGCAGAUGAGAAUGAAUCAGAUCACAUUAGUUCAAAUGGUAGUCAUUUGACAAAACAUACUAAUAAGCUGCAGCAACUUAACGUACACGGCAAUCUGAGAAUGGAUAGCAUUUUCCCUUCUUCAAAUGGCAUGGAAGUAAUAAAUCAGAAAACGGGUAAUAUAAAUUGGCAGAUUGCUCCCGAAAAGGAAAGUAAAUCUCGUUUCCAAGAAGUAAUGAGGUUUUCUGCCUCUGUCAAUGUUGGGGCACAAAACUGUGACGUUCCCCUGCAAAAUGCUGAUCUCACUGGAGAUCAGUGCAGCAAAGACGCGUCUUGCCUUGAAGAGCAGUUUCAGAAAUUUGGAAAACCUGGAAAAGAGGUCUCCGCUGCUUCUCAAGAAGAGGAUUCUGUACACUCUGAGGAAGGUGGUGCUGUAUCUGUGAAUUGUCGCAACAACUUGCUAACCAUUGACCGUGUUGCUUGCUCUAGAGUCAGUUCAGUUAAUAUGACAGCACAAGCUGAAAAACCCAAACGGCAUCGUAAAACCAGCUGUCAAAGAAGACUGCUUUCUAAUUUUUCCUCUGACCUAACUAAAACUACAAGUGUAUCUGAUUCCAAUGCGUCCAAAGUUGAGUCCGCUUGUUCUCCUGCUGGAAAAAUUGGUGGGAAAACGAAAACCCGAGGGUUUCCGAAAGAAAAACCAGGAACAGCACGAAAAGCCUGCAUCAGUGGCUUCAGUGUGAGCAGGUGGACUAAGAAAGAUCAGUAUAAGAAACAGGGACAGAAGAAAUGUUCUGUUCAGUCGGUAUUCUCUGAUAGUGCAGAUAACUCCUUGCCUGAUCUUGGCUUUGGCACUUUCAUGCAGAACUCUUCAAUGGGUAAUUUGAAAAGCUGGUUGCAUGGUACCAAUGCAGUGCUUCAACAGACUCCAGUAGGUAAAGGGCAAAUCAGAAGGCCAUCUCUGUUGUCCUUCUUCUCACCUGAAACUCUGACCACCAAUAACUGGUCAAGACUUAAAGCUGCCCUCUCGGUGCACAAAAAACAAAAAGCUGUCAUGACUCCAGAAAAGAUGAUCUGCCAUAACCAGGAUUCUCUAGAAAAUGUUUGGCAAAACAAGAGUAACGCGCUUGAGGCAUUUACCACACCACGAAUAUCCAAGCUACGGUUUAAGAGAGACACUGGAGGCUCCUCUCUGAAUGAUGGCAAUUCAAUGGACGAGAUCACCGACGAAGAGAAAGUUUAUCAGGAAUGCCAGCAGGAAGGCCCUAUAACUUUUCAGCAGUGCAUUCCACCAGAUAAAAUGAAGCUGUGUAAAAAGAUUGGUGAAGGAACUUUUGGAGAAGUGUUCUCAACUACCAACAGCAAAAAGGAAACUGUAGCUUUAAAGAUCAUACCAAUUGCGGGGCAUCAGAAAGUGAAUGGAGAAGAUCAGAAGACAUUUGCUGAAAUACUUCAUGAAGUCAUUAUUUCAAAGGAGUUGAGCAGCUUAGGUGAGAAGGAAAAUAACCAAACGGAAGGUUUCAUCACAUUAAAUAACUUGCACUGUGUUCAAGGGUCAUAUCCAGAACAACUCCUUAAGGCCUGGGACAAAUUUGACAGAGAAAGAACUUCAGAAAAUGAUCGUCCUGACUUCUUUGGAAGCGACCAGCUUUUCCUUAUCCUGGAGUUUGAAUUUGGCGGCAGUGAUCUGGAGAAUAUGAAAGGCAAGCUGUCUUCGCUGGUUGUUGCAAAAAGUAUUUUGCAUCAGGUGGCUGCUGCUUUGGCUGUAGCUGAAGAAGCCUUGCAUUUUGAACACAGGGAUUUGCACUGGGGCAAUGUCCUUGUGAAGCCCACCAAGGAAAAGGAGGGCAAAUACACUCUGAAUAGGACACCAGGCAGCUUUGAGACCAGCGGUGUUCAUGUGAACAUCAUUGACUAUUCACUCUCCAGAUUGGAAAUAGAUGGCCUGACUGUUUCCUGUGACAUUUCGAGUGACGAAGAACUCUUCAUGGGAAAGGGAGACUAUCAGUUUGAGAUAUAUCGUAAAAUGCGAGAGGAAAAUGGCAAUAUCUGGAGUGAUUAUAACCCUCACACAAAUGUGCUAUGGCUCCAUUACCUGAGCGACAAACUGCUUCAGAUGACCUACAAGAGAAAAGCCACAACAAAUCCCCUGAAGAAAAUGAAGGCAAGCCUUGUUCAGUUCCACAGAGAAGUUUUGCAGUACCAAUCAGCAACUCAUGUUUUGCAGAACUGUAGCUUGUUCCAGUGAGCUGUGCUAGUUAAGAACUAAUACAUUCCUUUUGACUGUAUUUAUUUUUAUGUUUACAAGAGUUUCCUUUUUUGUGGUGGUUUCUGAAUGUGUGAGGGAUAUUCUGAAAAUUUUGAUCACUGACUUGAAACAUUACAGACUGUUUAAAUCUAACAUUUAGUGAAUACCGAGUGGCAUUAAAAGCACUACAGGUGUAUAUGAAAUCAACAGCAUGUGUUGCAUUUUUAAUGCCUCUCAGUUUCUGUAUCAAACAUUUUUCCCAUGCAGCUCCCUUUCUUAGUAGUGGACUUAUCAUACUACUCUCAACCACUUUUCAAAUGGAUCUCUUUCACUUGAUACCUUCAAAACGCAUGCCUUUUAGAUGUUGCAUCAAUAUGAAAGGCUGUUAAUUCUGGACUGUACAGUACCUGUGGUGACCUAUUCGGCCUGGAGGUCUGUUUUGGGCAGUGUGGUGAUACAAUAUGUCUUGAGGCAAAAUCUCUUGAAUAAGGCAGUGUUUUUAUGAUCUCCUUUCAAGGGCGAUUCUGGUGCCAGACUUCACUAUCCAAGAUCAAUAAAACCUGGGUAGCUCUCCUGGUUAAAGGGGUGUGAUGUUGUAUAAACAUUAGAUGAAUGUCUGGUACAAAUAGUGUUUUCCAAAUUGUUUAAAGACUUUUAAUAAAGCAUUUUCAAAACAUUUGGAGUAUCCCUCAUAAGACAAACUAGCACACGGACUGUGUAUACUGUGCUUAUCUUUUUCUAAUUAAAACCAGCAGAACAAAGUGCUGUGCUAAAAAUUAAGUGACGCUCUGUAGUUAAGAAAUGUAAAUACAGCCAUGGCACAUGCAGGGGUACAAAGCUGUAAAUCCAACACCGAAGGAUAAUCCAGAGUUUCACAGUUCCUUCCAAUGUAAUCACUUCUACUGCAAUAACCAUGCAAGCCAAUCACCAUUAUUUCUUUGUCUUUUUUAUGUUUGUAGUUAAAGAAAAAUAAUUAAAAAAAAGUUUUUUAUUGUG